GCGAGUUCCCUGAACACAGCAUGCCCUCCCCGGCCUCUGCAGUGUUGCCAACGGCAUGUCUUCUGCAAGAUGUCCAGCUCUUCCAGGAGGUGGAGAGACGAGAGGACCUGGCCCCGAGGAAAGGAGCCCUGGAGCAGCUGCUGACAGAGCUGGACGACUUCCUCAGGAUCCUUGACCAGGAGAGCCUGAGCAGCACAGCCGUGGUGAAGAAGAGUGGCCUGGCCGAGCUCCUCCGCCUUUACACCAAAAGCAGCAGUUCUGAUGAGGAGUACAUUUAUAUGAACAAAGUGACAGUCCACAAGCAACAGAAUGCUGAGUCCCAAGACAAAGCACCCGCGGAGCAGAACCCUCUGACCAAUGGUGAGCCCAGCCAGCACUCCUCGGCCCCUCAGAAGAGUCUUCCAGACCUCCCGCCACCCAAGAUCAUUCCAGAACGGAAACAGCUCUCCAUCCCAAAGAUUGAGUCUCCAGAGGGUUACUAUGAAGAGGCUGAACCGUAUGACACAUCCCUCAAUGAGGACGGAGAGGCCGUGAGCAGCUCCUACGAGUCCUAUGACGAGGAGGAGAGCAGCAAGGGCAAGUCGGCCCCCUACCAGUGGCCAUCGCCCGAGGCCAGCAUCGAGCUGAUGCGCGACGCCCGCAUCUGCGCCUUCCUGUGGCGCAAGAAGUGGCUGGGCCAGUGGGCCAAGCAGCUCUGCGUCAUCAAGGACACCAGGCUCCUGUGUUACAAGUCCUCCAAGGACCACAGUCCUCAGCUGGAUGUGAACUUGCUGGGCAGCAGCGUGGUGCACAAGGAGAAGCAAGUGCGGAAGAAGGAGCACAAGCUGAAGAUCACGCCCAUGAACGCCGACGUGAUCGUGCUGGGCCUGCAGAGCAAGGACCAGGCCGAGCAGUGGCUCAGGGUCAUCCAGGAGGUGAGUGGCCUGCCUUCCGAAGGUGCUUGUGAGGGAAACCAGUACACCCCAGAUGCCCAGCGCCUGAACUGUCCAAAACCAGAUAUAACCGAGAAGUACCUGUCAGCCCCGGAGUGUGGAAGCUCCAUAGAUGGCCACCCUGAGGUCCCAGAGAUCAAGGAUGUUAAGAAGAAAUGUUCCACUGGCCUCAAACUGAGCAACCUAAUGAACCUGGGCAGGAAGAAAUCUACCUCGCUGGAGCCUCCCGAGAGGUCCCUCGAGACAUCCAGUUACCUGAACGUGCUGGUCAACAGCCAGUGGAAGUCACGCUGGUGCUCCGUCAGGGACAGUCACCUGUACUUCUACCAGGACCGGAACCGGAGCAAGGCGGCCCAGCAGCCCCUCAGCCUGGUGGGCUGUGAGGUGGUGCCGGACCCGAGCCCCGACCACCUCUACUCCUUCCGCAUCCUCCACCACGGCGAGGAGCUGGCCAAGCUCGAGGCCAAGUCUUCUGAGGAGAUGGGCCACUGGCUAGGCCUCCUGCUCUCUGAGUCGGGCUCCAAGACAGACCCGGAAGAAUUCACCUACGAUUACGUGGAUGCCGACAGGGUUUCCUGUAUUGUGAGCGCCGCAAAAACCUCUCUGCUGCUGAUGCAGAGGAAGUUCUCAGAGCCGAACACUUACAUUGACGGCCUGCCCAGCCAGGAUCGCCAGGAGCUGCUGUAUGAUGACGUGGAGGUGUCGGAGCUGACAGCUGUGGGGGAGGCCCCCGAGGAAGCUGCUCCUGCGACAGAUGCUCCAAGCGAGCCCGACCCCGACCGCGUAUACCUGGACCUCACUCCCAUCAAGUCCUUCGUGCACAGUGCCAGCGGUGCACAGGCCCGGGCCCCCUCGCCCACGCCACCCCAGCAGGACCCUCCGGCUGAGGCCCUUCCUGCAGACACGGACUCCACCCCUGAGGAGCCCCUCGUAAAGUCUCCAGAGAACCCCGAGCUGCAGCAGAUGCAGCAGGAGAGUCAGGAACCUGAGGAGCUUUCCCUGGGAAUCACAGCAGUCAAAAUCCAGACGGAAGAGCAGAAAAUCUCCUUUCCACCGAGCUGCCCUGACACGGUGGCUGUUGCCCCAGCCAGGGCCAGCCCACCUGUGAAGGACAAGUUGAAGACAGCCAGUGCAGAGAUCAAACUUGGCAAGAACAGGACAGAAGCCGAGGUGAAGCGGUACACGGAGGAGAAGGAGAGGCUUGAGAAGAAGAAGGAGGAAAUUCGGGGGCACCUGGCUCAGCUCCGGAGGGAGAGACGGGAGUUGAAGGAGACCCUGCUAAAGUGUACAGCCAACCUGCUUCUCUCUGCAGACAAGGGGGCGGUGGCCAGCCUGGAGCAGCAGCUGAAGGAGGUUGACGAGGAGUGCCGGGUGGAGGAGCGCAGGCGUGUGGACCUGGAGCUCAGCAUCGUGGAGGUGAAGGACAACCUGAAGAAGGCUGAGGCCGGGCCCGUGACACUGGGCACCACCGUGGACACCACCCACCUGGAGAACGUGAGCCCCCGACCCAAAGCUGCUGCCACCCCAACACCUGCCCUGGACUGUACCCCAGUCAACUCCGCAACUGCGCUCAAGAACAGGCCUCUGUCGGUCAUGGUCACGGGCAAAGGCACCGUCCUCCAGAAAGCCAAGGUAAGCGAUCCCUCCCGGCCUCUCUCAGGGCCACCGGUGGACGGCAGGACGGUCACUACAGCGGGGGCCCCCUUCUGACCCAGGUGGCACUUUCCUGCUCUGAGCGAGCUCUGCUCGCAGCAAGAAGAGGCAGGGGCUGGGACUUCGCUGUGUCUUUGGUACUGACCAACCAGAAAGGUGCUUGCACGUGGUUCGGUGUCCUUAUGAGUCAGCCUGAGGGCGUGAGUCCCUGCACUGCCCACCACGUGAUUGUCAGUAGAUUCCGGGGAGAGAGCUGAAGUUCAGAGACAGACUGGGGCUGGAUAGUUUCCCAAGCCUCAGUGACUCUGAAGGACUUCUGCCGUGAAAACUGAAGAAGCGUAUUCAGACAGGGGACGGAUUUGCCUGAAGCCACCCAGCCAGCUGGGGGCAAAGGCUCAGUAAGGCAUAAACAAGGAGCAGAUGCCAUUGCUGGCUUUCCCUGCAGGCUAGACAGAAAGUGUUAGGAAUCCUUGACUCAUCUGCACAGGAAAGAGCAUGCCUAGAGCUGCCUGUGUUUUUGGCAAACUGUUCUUUAUUUCUAUCCUGCUUAUUACCGGCUGGAGAUUUUUCGAGGCACCUGCACCCAAUGACUAAGUAUUAAAUCCACGCAAGCACGUGAGCCACUGCUGCCUCACUGCCAUGGCAGACAUCACUCACCCCCUCUCUGCUGCUCCGUGGCCUCAGAAUCUCUGAAUAGGUGCUCCAGGCAGUGGGAAACACACAGGGGUUGCACCCUAAUUACCGUCUCUGCUCCUAGCUGCUUCUAUGUAUAUGUAGGUUGGCUACAGAGGAUAACUAACUUUCUUCUUUUGGUGGGGACGCUGGUGUUUGAAUGGUACCCUAGGAAUGGGAGAAGAAAGGAGCAAGUUAGGAAACAGACAUCAUCUAAAGACUCUCCUGUCAACAUGGACCUUGGUGACAAUUCUGCUUCGUUACAGUCUUCAUUAAAGCAGCAACUCUGUGAACGGGUGAGUCUGUUUACAAGAAAAAGGAAGGACUGGGGUUCAAUGAAUGGAAGACUUCAGCUAAGAGGAGGCUCUGUCCCUCUGCAGAGCCAAAGGAAGUAAUACAACAGCAAAAAAGACUUUUGUGGAGACCUAAGUCUGUUGGUUGUAAACAAGACAUUGCUGUAUUUAGGGGGUACUCUGUGUUUCUUCCUUGAAGUUUUCAUCAGUUGCUUUAUCAAGCUUUUUAAGUGAAAAGCUUCUGAUGUGGAGACUGGUGGAAGAGAAAUCAAGGUAGCAGGGCCCUGCCCCACUGAUCCCAUGGCUUUGGUGAUCGAGAAGAUCUAAACUCCUGAUGGUCAUCUCCUGACUCUUCGCAGUGUCGGGGGUUAAACCGCCCUUGUCUUCAACUGUGUAAAACCAUCUGUGGUUUUUUGAGAAAUGGUAAUGGGGAAAACAUUUGGGACCAAGCUGAGGCACUGUUCCCAGUAAAUUAAGGACUUUUUUCAGGCUAAAGCAGGCCUGAACCAACUGAUUUUAAGUAAAAUUUUAAGUGAUGCUGUAUUAUAUAGAAAAAACAGUUUAAAAUCCUGUAAUUUAGAACAGUGAAAAGCAUCUUUUGAGAUUUAACUGACUUUUUACAUUACCAUAGAAACAAGAUUACCCUGUGUUUACAGAUUCAGUCCUGUGGCAAGGCCAUUUUUAAGAGAAGAGUUAUUUAAUAUAACGCUCUUAGUCCCUGUUUUUUAAGUUGUGCUCCAUAUCCAGGCCCUUUCCAAGGAAAAAGGGGUGAAUUUUGUUUCAGGUGGUCUUUCUUCUCUUAAAAUUGGCUGCGCUAUUCUUUGUGUUGCCCGUUCUUCUCUUCUGAUGGCACUGUUAACACAGGUUGAAACAUUUCAUCUAUCGUCUCUGCCUCAUUUCUGGGGGUUCUGAAUCAGAGUUCUUUAACACUGGUUCCUGAGAACUAAAGGUCUUUUGAUUCUUACUGUCUUUCUAAUCCCAGGGCAUUUAUUUCCUUUGUCAUAAACAUUUGGUGUCCCAAGUGGUGAGUUAGAAUUUUUUUUUUAAUAAAAUGUUAAUUGUA